AUGGCAAAGAGACCUUUAGGAUUGGGUAAGCAAGCUCAAAAGAAGAAACAAAAAGUUGCAUCGAGGGAGGCCACACCAGACACAACACCUUCCAAUCAAAUCAGUAUUGAACUUAACGAUGAGGAAGAUGCAGAUAAUGAAUUGGCUCAAUUGAAUGGGUUAUGGAACCAAUACUUCAAGUCCGAUAAGGAUGAUGAGAUCUUAUUGAAUGGUAUGAUUCAUGAAUGUGAUAGAAUAUUACGUAUCGUUAAAUCAGAUGAUGAUGCUAGUAGUGAGGAAAGAGGUAAAUUGACCAAAUUGAUUCAUAGCGAUGAUAGAUUUUAUGCAUGUUUCGCUCUUGCCUUGUCUGAAUUAACUGUGUUCAAGUCAGAAAAUGUCAAGGAAGUGUCUGAAUUUUUCAAUUUGGCAUUGGAAAGAUGUGAGGAUGGGUUGAAAAUCUUUUCUCAUUCCGACUUGUUGUCAUUGGUGUUCAGUAAGAUAAUCUUUCAAAGAAUUCCCUUGGAAUUUAUUUCCAAAUUGAAGGUGGAUAGUAAAGAGGAUAAUUUGAAAUUGAAAUUAUAUGAACAAUUUGAGAAGGGUCAAGAAAAGUUUAAUGUCUUGUCUCAGGAUAAGAAUAAUAAACAAAACGAAGAUUAUUUGCGUUUAACUUUUGAAGUGUUACAAUCAUAUGAUGAUUUGAUGGAUAUCAUUGAGAAUUUUGGUCACGAAAAGGAUAUCGAAGAAGGUUUGGACAGUGAUGAAGAAGAAGAGUUAGCCCAAAUUGAAUUGGCCAAGUCUCAUCCAUUAUUCCAAUUCCAAAAAAACUUCACAAAGGACCUGACUUGGUUGAAAGAUCAAUUAAUCAACCUGUUUAAGCACAUUAAGGAUCACGAGUCACCAUUAUAUCAUCAAGUAGCCAGGAGCAUUGGUGAAUUGUAUUUGAAAUUCGCAGAGAAUCCAAGUUCUGUAUAUUUAGACGUUGUCUACGGUGAUGAUCGGGACGAAUCCUCCAAGGAAGAUGAUGAAACGAAAACCAAGAGUCAAAGGGAAGCGGUCCAAUUAUUGGAAGCCGGUUUAGAAUAUUUGAAGAAGGCUCAAUUAAAGGAUUCUCCAGAGACAUGGGUGCAAGUGGCAGAGGCGUUUAUUGAUUUGGGGAACGUGCAAGACAACGAGUCCGCCGAACAAGAAGCGGCUUACAAGAGUGCCGAGCAGUUGCUAAGGAAGGCUAACAGAGCCACCAACGGGAAGUACGAGCACAUUCUGGACAACUUGAUCAACGAGUCAUAG